UUUCCUAGUGGGAGCCAAGGUAGAAUGGAAUCAAUAGUCACUGUGUCUGGCAGGUUCAUUAUAUACAUUCAAGUCUUUUAGUUAUUUUCUUUUCAUUUGUCAUUUUUCCAUCAUUCACAGUACAUCUAAAACUCAGCUUAAUGAGAAUGCUUGAAGAAGAAGUGCCUGGAGCACAAGAUACCAUAUACUUGUGCAAUUUCCGGGUUUCUGUCGAUGGUGAAUGGCUUUGUUUAAAAGAACUUCAGGAUGUUGAACUCCUUCAGGAGAUUCCAGAACCGAAUACACCCUCUCCGAUCAGCCCUCCUAUGCUUAUCGCGAGGGACCCUGUUGUAAUAGAAAGAAGAAAUUUAGUUAACAUCUCCAAAUUGAUCGUCAAGGAAUUGAUAGAGACUUCUCACAAAUAUGGAAGGAUGCUUGAUUCAGACCACAUGCCACUUCAGCAUUUUUUCAUUGUGCUUGAACAUGUACUACGACAUGGUCUUAAGCCCAAGAAGGGACUUCUUGGCCCAAAAAAAGAACUUUGGGACAUUCUACAAGUAGUUGAAAAGUUAACUCCUGAAGCAUUAGAUAUUACAAGUAGUGUGAGAGAUUUACCUACUGUUAGAACGCAGAUGGGUAGGGCAAGAGCCUGGUUAAGAUUGGCACUGAUGCAGAAAAAGCUAGCAGAUUAUCUAAAAAUUCUUAUUGAUCAUAGAGAAGACAUUUUGUUAGAAUAUUUCGAACCAGAUGCUCUACUGAUGAGUGAUGAAGCGAUAAUUAUUGUCGGCCUAUUAGUAGGUCUUAACGUCAUCGAUUGCAAUCUCUGUGUGAAGGAGGAAGAUUUAGAUUGUCAGCAAGGUGUGAUAGAUUUUUCACUCUAUCUCAGGUCUAGCUAUCACAGUACCACAGUUAUAGGAGGAGAAACACCAGAUGUAGAUUUAGACCUGGACAAUAUGACAACAGUUCUUGAUCAGAAAAACUAUAUUGAAGAACUAAAUAGACAUCUGAAUGCCACUGUUGGAAAUCUCCAGGCUAAAGUUGAAUCACUUACUACGACAAAUGCAUUAAUGAAGGAAGAUUUAUCUAUCGCAAAAGCAAAUAUAAUGUCAUUGAUGGAGGAGAAUAAAAAUUUAAAGACUGAUAAGAAAAGGGAUGUUAAUUCAGACAGAACAGAUGAGGGUGGUGGUGUCAAAAAUUCACAUUCAUCGUUAGACGUUGAACAAUUGAAGCAUGAUCUGGAAUGUGAAAAGAAAAAAAGUAAUGAAUUACAAAGAGAACUUGAUUUACAAGUGACUCUCAAAGCUGAGAUGGAAGUUGCGAUGAAGCUUUUGGAGAAAGACAUUCAUGACAAACAUGAGACAAUUGUAUCUUUAAGGAGACAAUUAGACGACAUCAAACAAAUCAACUUGGAGAUGUAUAAAAAACUCCAGGAAUAUGAAUCAUCGCUCAAACACAAAACGGAGCUCAUAAAUAAGCUGGAGGCAAAGACCUAUGCAAUGACUGACACGCUACAAAUCAUGGGUGACAAGGAAAAGGAAGUAGAGAAAAACAAAACUGCUGCAGAAACCGCCCUACAAAAAUUUUUAGAGACAUCACAAACUUUGGAGCAAGAGAGAGAAUUGAGGAUUUCACUUCAAGAAGCAAUACAAACAGAUAUAAGCACCAUUAACGAACUUGAAAAUGAAGUCAGUCAGUUAAGGAAUGCUACAAAGAAUUACAAUAAACUCCAAGAGGAGAUGUUCCACCUUAAUCAAAAAUGUAAGGAACAGGAAGAAACGCUUUCUGAACUUGGUGUCCACCUCAGUGAAUCCAAAUUAAAAGUGAUUGAGCUCAAAGAGAGAGAAGCUCAAUCAGGAGAUCCGCUCAGUCCAACAUGGGCGGAUGACAAAAAUGCUACAAGCUGUAAAGGUUGCUCAAGAGAAUUCAAACUCACCAGGAGAAAGCAUCACUGUCGAAACUGCGGUGACAUCUUUUGCAACGCUUGCUCUGACAAUGUCCUCCCACUUCCUCCUACAUACAAAAAUGUACGUGUAUGUGACCAAUGUGAAUUAAAACUCUAUGGAAAAUAUUCAGAAUUUGCAUCAAAAACAAGUGAGAAGAAUAAGUAAAACAGCUAUUUAUGUAAUGUUUAUUUUUUUAAAGACAAAAAAUUAAAACCAUUAACUCUUUAAUAAUGCAAAUCUGCAUUUUAAGUGUUUAUACUUUUAAAUAAUUUAUUGAAUAUUUGUUGUUUAUAUCACAGUUGUUGAUUUUAAAAAAGUAUAUAAACAAACUUAUUAUUUUUAUAGAUGACAGAUUAU